CCUUUGUUCAUUCAAAGUGCAACUGUGCUUACUUUUAGCAGUUCAGAGCAUGAAACACUAGAGAUCAUUCUGAGGACUGUGAACUAUAGAUGCAGAAAUGAUGUCUCUUCAUCCCAGAGAAUGCACACUGAUCAAAGAAGAUGGUGAAAACUAUGGAUUCUGUCUGCGUAUUGAGAAAUUCAAAACAGGGCAUCUUAUCCGAAAUGUAGAAAAGGAUAGUCCAGCUGAGAAGGCAGGACUGAAAGAUGGAGAUAGAGUCCUGAGGAUUAAUGGAGUGUUUAUAGAUAAGGAAGAUCAUGGAAAGGUGGCUGAUUUAAUUAGGAAAAGUGUAACUCCUGUAUUAUUCCUUGUUUUGGAUGACCAUUCUUAUGAAAGCGCAUUAAAAGAAGGAAUCAAUUUUGAAGAGUUGGCUCAAAAGUCACCAGUCCAAGAGCAGACAGAAAAUCUCCAAUUUGUGACAUCUGGAGAACCAGGUUCAGCUCCACAGCCCUAUCUCUGUUAUCUGACUAAGACAAAAAAUAGCUAUGGUUUCUCUUUGAAGUCCAUUGCAGGACAGAAAGGUUUGUUCAUUGUAGAUUUGACCCCACAGGGUCCAGCUGCAAAAGCUGGAGUGCAGCCAAAUGAUCGCCUUAUAGAAAUCAAUGGAGAGAAUGUAGAAAACAAUACUCAUGAAGAAGUGGUUGAGAAGGUGAAAAGGUCUGGGAAUCAGGUUGUGUUUCUACUGUCAGAUAAAGAAACUGACCAGCAUUACUACAGAUGGAAUAUGCAACUGACAAGAGGAAAGGCCAGUCUGAAAUUCUUACCUCACAAACCCCGAAAUCUUGAGCUUAAAAAAGGGAAUAAUGGUUAUGGAUUUUACCUGAGAAUGGAGCAAAAUGGCAAAGGUCACUUGAUUAAGGACAUUGAUUCAGACAGCCCUGCAGCUAAAGUAGGUCUCAGGGACAACGAUAUCUUGGUGGCUGUAAAUGGAGAGCCAAUUGAAGCACUGGACCAUGAAGCUGUGGUAGAGAAAAUCAGACAAUCUGGUGAAAAAACAACCCUGCUAGUGGUGGAUGAAGAGACUGAUGCCAUGUAUAAAAUGGCUAAAGUAUCUCCUUGUCUCUACUAUCAUACAACACUGGAGCCACAUCUGAGCAUGGCAAAGAUACCCACAUACACCGAGGAAGAAAAUCACAAGCCCAGACUCUGUAAACUCAUUAAGAGCCCCACUGGAUUCGGCUUUCGACUGAAUGCCAUUAAGGAUUUACCUGGCCUGUUCAUCAAAGAGGUACAAAAGGACGGGCCCGCAGAUUUAGCAGGGCUGCAGGAUGAUGAUAUCGUGAUAGAAGUGAAUGGUACCAAUGUAGAGAAUAAAGACUAUGAAGAUGUAGUAGCAAGAAUCCAUGAUGGUGGCAACAGACUGACACUAUUGGUAUGUGGAGAAAAGGCUUAUCAGCACUUCUGCUCCCAGAAUAAGGUUGUUACAGCCUCAAUGGCCAAUCUAUUAAGUAAUGACAGUGGUGACCCUCCAGCCUACGCAGAGAUACAAGCAGCAGAGCCAGAAAACACACUACCAGAACGAGAAAGGGUCAGCUCAUCCUCCUCUGAAGAAGACAGUGAAUUAUGAUUACACCACAGUCCUAGUCUUUUUCCUUAUUGUUCCUGAAAGGCACUGCUGCAUGACUGCUAACAUGAUUCCUCAAGAAAAUCUUGGCUGCAAUCCUAUCAUGCUUACUUGAAACCAAGUCACACUGAGAAUUACUUUCAAAUGAAUGUACUGAAUAUAGCAACAUAGUUAAGCUGCUGUUCACAGAGUACAAUCUACCAUACACACUGGAUGCAAAAACAUCACAGGAUUUAUUGCAGCCAAAAAUGUUGUAAGAGAAUAAUACUGUACUAACUCAGUACAUGAUACCUGAGUUCUUGUCCUUCAUUCCUCAGCGUGCAAGUGUUUAAAAUGGUGACGGAGAUGGACCUGAAUAUACAGUAACAUGGUCUGAAAGUUUUUUCCCAUGUUCAUUUUAACAUGAGUAAAAUCUCUUUGCAACUGGAAUCUUUUACCAGAAUCUGUGUUCAUGUGGAGUGAAUGCACAAUGACAAUUCUAUUGUAUCCCAAUUAAUUAAUUAAACUAAAACUAAAAUAUA